AUGGAUUUCAGCAACUACACUCUUGUUAGUGAGUUUGUUUUUCUAGGUUUCUCCAACAUCACACACGGCCAGGCCUAUCUCGCCCUGCUGUUCCUCACCAUCUAUUUGGUCACCAUUCUGGGUAACUUCAUGAUCAUUGCUCUCAUCCUGGUGGACUCCCACCUUCACAGUCCCAUGUAUUUCUUCCUCAGCCACUUAUCCUGCUUGGAUGUCUGCUACUCAACGGUCACUGUCCCCAAGAUCCUAGCAAACCUCCUUCUGCAAAGGCACACCAUUUCCUUCAACCAUUGCUUGGCCCAGAUGUUCUUCUUGAUAGGGUUCACGGGCUCAGAAUGCUGGUUGCUGGCCAUCAUGGCUUAUGACCGCUACGCUGCCAUCUGUCAGCCUUUGCGCUACUCACACCUCAUGAGUCCACGUGUUUGUGUGACAGCAGCCACUAUGGCCUGGAUCUGGGGAUUCCUGGAUGCAACAGUUCACACAGCCUUGGCUUCCAACUUCUAUUUCUGUGGACAUAAUCAGAUCCACCACAUCUUCUGCGAUCUACCCCCUCUGCUGAAAAUCGCCUGUGGUGACAAAUUUGUCAGUGAGAUAACAAUCCACAUUGCCACUGUGUUUGUGGGAUUGGGUCCCUUCCUUUUGGUGGUCAUCUCCUACUUCUACAUCCUUGCCUCCAUCCUGCGUAUCCGUUCCAACACAGGAAGGCACAAGGCUUUUUCCACCUGUAUUUCUCAUCUGACAGUGGUCCUUCUUUACUUCGGGAAUGGGUCUGUUAACUACAACCAGCCCAGUGCUGGCUACUCCCUGGAGACCGACACCCUGAUUUCUACUAUGUAUUGCAUUGUCACCCCCAUGGUGAACCCCCUGAUCUACAGCCUACGCAACAAGGAGGUGAAGGGGGCCCUGAGGAAGGUCCUGGAAAGUCACAGGAGAAUAUAG